AUGUCUGACUCUCUUAUCAAUACCCACUAUCGAGACUGUCUCGUGAUAUUUGAAGGUAGGGAUAUUGUUACAUAUCGCGCAUUCUCUGUAAAACACAACGAGCAGGUCUUUGUCCGACACAUAAACUUUACCAGACUGGAGGGAAGAUCUGCCAAACCUUUCACUCGACUUAUUCAUGCAAUCGAGAAACUAUGCCACCCGAGCAUACUUGCCUACAAGAUAAUUGUCCUAUCGGACUCUGAAGCUCUUUUAGAGUUUAACGUCGUUCCCCUACAACUAGCUGUACUUCUUAAUAGCCAGGCGCACGCUUGUACCCACAUUAGUGAAGCAAUUGUUCUUCGAGUUGCAGAAAGCAUUGAAAAGGCCAUUGACUACCUCUCUUCCAAUCUAGCGGAGUUCUCUGAGCUUCCUGUAAGGUUUGGUGCCGCAGAUAUCAUCUCUAAUUACAAUCUGGAGGGGCCAGUCUUACUGGAUCCUCUGUUCCUGUUGGGAUUGGAGACUAGAUCUAUGAGCAUAGCGACCGAAGCGCCUUUAACAGAUGUCAUAUCUCUGAAGCAUUGCCUUGGCCUUGUUCUUCUUGAGCUAUGUACUUUGCAAUGCAGUGAGACUUCAGAGUACGUCAGCCGUGCAGCCGUGCUGGCGGAAUCGUCUAUUUAUACACCUGAAACCCUGCAGUGUGUGUUUUCUUAUCUUCAAUUUGGUCAACCCACAUCCAUAGUUCCUCCGUCACUAUUUACAGAAAAGCAUAAUUUAGAUUCUUCAGAAACUCUUUCAGAACCCGACAUGCCCCAGGGAAGGACGACGCUGAUGGAGUGUGUCCUGCUGGAUUGUCUGCACGAAGUGGCCAAGUAUCUGCCCACAGAAAAGAGGCAUACAACAGAGGAUGGCAGGACUGCCCUAAUGUUGGCAUCCUCUGCCGGAAAGUUAGAGUUUGUUCGGCUUUUGGCUCCUCAUGAGGCACGGAUGCAAGAUAAUGAUGGGUAUACCGCUCUAAUGCUUGCUGUGGAGAACAAUCACUUCGAGUGUGUGGAAGCGCUGUUGGAGUUCGAGGCAGGGCUGAGAACAAAGACAGGAAAGAGCGCACUUGAUAUUGCUCGCACAAUGAGGCGACAUGAAUGUAUGUUACUGUUGGAGGACAAAGACUGCGUAAGCAGCCCGUGGGAAAGACUUAUGCAUGCAGUGCAAUGUUCGAAAAUUGAUACGGUUUUAGACAACAUUGACGCUCUAGACUCUGGCAUUUUUGAAGAGGCAUUACGCAGAGGAAACACCCUCAUAUUAUCGCUGCUAUGCCAUAAAAUAGCGGCUGAUGAACUCCCCAUCACCCUCUCUUCCCCCCUUCACAAGCGUGUAGACAAACAAACCAGGCUAAUGAUGAGUGUAUGUAAUAGGAAUGCACACGACCUUAUAGGUUACUUGGAUACUCUUGGGCAUAUAUACACACAGCAGCUAGAGUUUCAUUCUACAGAUAGACGGAGUAAAUGCCAGAUCACAGGGAGCACGGCUCUGAUGAUCGCGGCAUACACAGGUGAAAUAGACAAUGUUAAGAUGCUCCUGAUAGAGCGGGGCAUCAGAACAAGCACGGGGAGAACAGCACUUAUGAUCGCAGCACGGUAUGGUCAUACAGAUGUCUGCAAGCUUCUGUUAGAAGAAGCAGGACUCCAGGAUCAGGAAGGAAGAACAGCCAUGAUGCUAGCCGCACAGUACAGAAGACAUGAAGUAGUGCAGCUUUUGCUGCCACACGAGGGCGGGCUAGUCACAAGCAACGGAGAAACAGCAUUGAUGAUAGCAGCAAACCAAGGGUUCGUCGAAGUAGUUGAGGCAUUAAUAGAUGUUGAAGCAGGGCUCCAAACUAAGCAUGGAAUGAGUGCCCUGAUGUUUGCAGUGGAAAAUGGGCAUGCCGAUGUCGCACGGCUGUUAGCUGAGAAAGAACAUGGGCUGCAAAAGAAGCACGGACUUUGCGCACUAGCUCUUGCUGCGCAAUAUGGUCGAAAAGAUAUAGUUUCUUCGCUCAUGGACUAUGGAAACGAGAAGUGGAACUUUACUCGGCUCAUGUACUCAGUAGCAACUCGGAACUAUUCGCUGUUCUUCAAGACACAACCACAGGCAGGACAGCGGACAGUGGGGGGCUACACAGCGCUGAUGAUUGGAGCCGCCAUAGGAAAUAGUAUAGCGGUGAAGUUCCUCAUUAAGCAGGAGGCAGGGAUGCAGACAGAUAGCGGGUGGUCUGCACUCAUGUUUGCUGCAUACCAUGGACACUCAGAUAUAGUGAGGAAACUUUAUCCUCAUGAAGCAGAGCUUUUAACUGCAAAAAAGAAGGACGUCUUCUACUGGGCUGCACGCUCCAUUGCCCCCAAGCCAAGCGUUAGGUCUCAGGUCUUGUCUGUUCUUGAAGAAUGUCGAAAAAACAUAUUUUAA